CUCUUUCUUGGCUGUGUCUGCAGGAGAAAAAUGUCUGCUCUGGACGUGCAGGACUUCAUCCAGCAGAACCGGGCGGUGGCGGAGCAGGUGGAGACUUUCCGCGGAUACUGGGAGAGCGAGAAACACUGGGCCGCGCGGAGGGAGUUUAUUCUGCGGAACAAGAGCGACUUUAGCCCGGAUCAACAGGACCAGCUGAUCUCGCUGUCCAUGGUCUGGGCCAACAACGUGUUCAUGGGCUGUCGAUACAGCGAGGAACUUCUGGAACGAGUAAAGGAAAUGGCUGAAGGCAUCGUGGUGGAGGACGCUCCUGUUUUUAAAACCAGAGAUGAGAUCAUGAAAAAGCAACAGGGUCGGUGAUGACCAUAAAACGGGACUGAAGGAUUUUUAUGGACUUUUUCAUAAAAUGGAGCUGAUUUUAUUAUUGUCUGUUUGAUGCCAUUGUCCAGACGUGUCCAGACAUGUACUCGCAUUGGAUUUUACUUCUUUUUUUUUUCAUUUUAAACAUGCUUUUAAAGUUUUUAAACAAUGUUUAAUGUUUUUUUUUACAGAUUUUAACUUGUUGAAUUUUUUAUUUGUUAAAAAUGUAC